CCUACAAGGAAUUUGAAAAACAUUGUACAGAAAAAAAAGAAAAAAAAAAUAUAUAUGCUAUACUCUAUAGUUUCAUAGAAAAAUUAUUAGUAUUUUCAUAAAAACAUGGAGGGAACAACGCGUGAGAAUAUCAACCGUGGUCGUAACCAGAAGAAAAGGAUUGCAGUUGUUGGUUUCUCUUCCAUUCUCCUUAUCGCCGUGAUUGGAACUGUCGCGGUCGGUUUAACGCGCAGCAGCUUAGAAGUACCGGGAGAACAUAAUGUAAAGAUCUCUACCACACAAAGGGACGUUGAAAUGCUUUGUCUAUCAAACCCGGAUAAAUGUCAGACGAAAAUCGGAAGAUUUUUUAGCGGAGCAAGAAACAAAACAAGAAACAUAAAAGAACGUAUAAAAGACGCAUUCAUUGAAGAAGCUCGGGAGUUAAUGAAACACAUAAACAAUCAAACUCUUGCUAGUGAAUUUGUAAAAGACAACAUGACGAGACAAGCGAUGCGAAUUUGCAACGAAGUAAUGGAUAGUGCUGUUGGUGGAGUUAAUAAAUCUGUUGGAGAAUUAGACAGAUUUGAUUUCAAUAGGUUGAGUGACUUUGUUUUUGAUCUUCAUGUUUGGAUCACUGGGACGCUUUCGGAUCAACAAACAUGUUUGGAUAGUUUUGAGAAAGCAGACUCAAAAGCUAGUCAGAGAAUGGCUCAGGUUUUGAGCGCUUCUAUGAGAUUCAGCCAAGUUGCUCUUGACAUGAUUAAUUCUGUUUCUGGAUUACUUAAGGAUUUUGGUCAAAAUCCAAGAAGUCUUAACCGGAGGCUUUUAUCCGAUGAAUCGGAAAAACUUGUUGAUAGUUAUCCGUCAUGGGUUAGUGAAGGACAAAGACGGCUUCUUGCUGAUCCGAGCGUUAAGCCAGAUGCUGUUGUGUCGCAAGACGGUAGCGGAAAGUUUAAAACUGUUACCGAAGCUCUUAAGACUGUUCCGUCAAAUAAUGCGAAACCUUUUGUCAUUUAUGUUAAGGCUGGUGUUUAUAAAGAGCAAGUUCUUAUUCCUCUGAAGAUGAAUUAUGUUACAAUCAUUGGUGAUGGUCCUACAAAAACCAAGUUCACAGGUGGCCUCAACUUCGCUGAUGGCGUCCUAACUUAUGAUAGUGCAACCAUCGGUGUGAAUGGUGACAACUUCGUGGCGAAGGAUAUAGGCAUUGAAAACACAGCAGGACCGAAUAAAAAGCAAGCAGUAGCACUAAGAGUUUCAGGAGACAUGGCAGUAUUGUACAACUGUCAAAUAGAUGGUUACCAAGACACACUCUUCGCCCAAUCCCUACGCCAAUACUAUCGCGAUUGUAGCAUCUCUGGUACAAUCGACUUUAUAUUCGGCGACCCCUUUGGAGUUUUCCAAAACUGCAAAAUUAUAGUUAGAAAACCAGCAACAGGCCAAGCCAAUUUAGUAACAGCUGGUGGAAGACUCACAUCGAGCAGCGCAGGUGCACUUGUUUUCCAAAGUUGCCACUUCUCAGGUGAACCAGCAUUAGUGUCAAUGUCACCCAAAAUAUCUUUCCUAGGAAGACCAUGGAAAGCAUACUCCAGAGUUGUGAUAAUGGAUUCAGUCAUAGAUGACAUCUUUCUCCCCGAAGGUUACCAAGCAUGGAUGGGAAAUGAUUUUACCGACACAUGUACUUUUUAUGAGUAUAACAAUAAAGGUCCUGGUGCUGACACGAAAGGAAGAGUCAAAUGGCCUAAUGUUAAAACUAUAACUUCUAAUGAGGCUGCUUCUUUUUACCCUGGUAAAUUUCUUAAGGUUUCUGGUUCACCUUGGAUGACGAGUCAUGGGGUACCAUGUUCCCUUGGUCCUAUGAGUGGUGGUUCUGCGGCUUCGUCUUCUCCAGCUACUGCGUCUGCACCUUCUCAGUCUACUUCACCUUCUUCGUCUUCUCCAGCUACCGCGUCUGGGCCUUCUCAGUCUUCCUCGUCUUCUUCACCUUCUAAGUCUUCUCCGCCUUCUGAGGAGUCUGGGUCUUCUUCGUCUUCCGACAACUCUAAGUCUUCUUCGCCUUCUAAGUCUUCUCCGCCUUCUGAGGAGUCUGGGUCUUCUUCGUCUUCCGACAACUCUAAGUCUUCUUCACCUUCUAAGUCUUCUCCGCCUUCUGAGGAGUCUGGGUCUUCUUCGUCUUCUGACAACUCUAAGUCUUCUUCGCCUUCCAAGUCUUCUCCGCCUUCUGAGGAGUCUGGGUCUUCUUCGUCUUCUGACAACUCUAAGUCUUCUUCGCCUUCUAAGUCUUCUGAUGAGUCUGGAUCUUCUUCGUCUUCUGACAAAUCUAAGUCUUCUUCGCCUUCUAAGGAGUCCGAGGAGUCUAAGUCUUCUUCGUCUUCUGAGAAGUCUAAGUCUUCUUCCUCAGAAGAGGAGUCUAAGUCUUCUUCCUCAGAAGAGGAGUCUUGAGUGGUUAACAAAGUUAAAGAUAAGGAACAACACCAAGAGCUGGAUUAAUGAGUCAGUCCAUUAAUUUAGAUAUUACUAUGAAAUAAAUCAAAACUAUAGCAAUGAAGUAAAAUAAUAGAGAUGAAGGAAAGAAUCUGUGAAUAUAUUGUUAGGAUUCUUACACUUAAGAUUUUAUCUAUGUAGUAACUUAGUCUUGUUCUUAUUUUAUUGGAAUGGUUGUAAAAUGUACAUUUGUAUCACUUUAAUUAAUAAAAAUGUUGUUUAAAUAAAA